AUGCCUUUCGGAAUACUGGACUGUAAAAAGAUGGAAGUCGUGCCUGGCACGGCUUUCAUGUCUGACCAAGAUGACCUCCCUCCCGAAUUUGCCUACAUACCACGAGAUCAACUGAAACACGGCACCGGCCGCUACAAAAACGUGAUUCUCGUCCCUCAGCCAUCUGACAGCCCCAACGACCCCCUCAACUGGCCACAAUGGCGAAAGGAACUCAUCCUCCUAAUUACCUCCCUCUCCGCCGCCGUCGUCGGAGCCUACGGCCCCAUGCUGUCCCCCGGCUUUGUCGAAAUAGCCCACAACCUUGACAUUACCCUUGACGUCCUCGCCCAGUCUACCGCCUGGCUCAUCCUCUGCAUAGGCCUCGGGUUGUUCAUCACCAACCCCUUAGCCAAAAUCAUCGGCCGCCGACCCGUCUACCUCGUUGCCAUCCUCAUCAUGUUCAUUACUUGCAUCUGGGGCGCUGCAGUCAAGGAAUACGACUCCUUUCUGGCAAGUAGAAUUAUUGCGGGUAUCGGCAUGGCACCUUAUGAGGUCUUGGUACAGUGCACAAUUGGAGACUUGUACUUUGUUCACGAGCGGGCGACGAGGAUUGCGGUGUGGAAUUUAUUUUUGCUGACGGGAAUCAGCGGGGGCGCGUUGGUGGCUGGGUAUAUAAUCGAGCGGGAGGGGUACCAAUGGACGUUUGGGGUGUGCGCGAUUCUGUUUGGGGUUUUGGGGUUGGGUGUUAUUUUUGCAGUACCGGAGACGGCCUAUAGGAGGGACGCGGUUGUUCCUGUGCCUGUGGCAAAGGGGAAAGAAGAAACAGAAGAGGACAGUGUGAGGAAGAUGAGGCUGGGGAGGGAGCAUGAGGUCCAGUUGCAGCAUGUUUCUUCUUUUACUGAGGGAGGACAUGGGUCGAAUGUCACCGAACAGGCAAGGUUGGAAGCGGCCGAGAGAAAACAUACUUAUUGGGAGUCGUUGAGGGUCUAUACUGGGCGGUACUCUCGAGCUCCGGGGUGGAAGCCGUUUGUGAGACCUGUGGUAUUGUUGUUUUAUCCAGCUGUGUUUUGGGGAUUCCUAGUAUACGGAACUGUCAUCACUUGGAUUGUCGUUUUUUCCGUCGUGAACGCAGUCAUUUUUGUGAACCCUCCAUACAACUUCACCAUCAGUCAGACCGGCCUGAUCAGCUUAUCCCCGUUCAUCUUGACCAUCAUCGGCGAGCUCAUUUCAGGUCCUCUUAACGAUUGGAUCUGCAUCUACCUCACCAAGAAAAACAGGGGAAUCUACGAGCCAGAGUUUCGUCUCCCUCUCAUGGCCGUUUCUCUGAUAACGGGAGUUGUUGGAUUUUUUUUUGGAUUUGGCGCCUCUGUUGAGUACCAAACACAUUGGUCGGGUCCAGUGCUGUGCUUUGGGCUGGCCAACAUGAGCUUGGUGUUUGCCGCCACCUGUGUGUUUGGAUACAUUGUGGACAGUUACCGUGAACUGAACGAAGAGGCAUUUGUGGCCAUCAAUACUAGGAAUCUGUUGACAUUUGGCUUGACCUACUUUGUCAAUGGGUGGCUGCAACAGCAGGGUCCGCUUGUUGUGUUUUGUAUCCUCGGGGCGCUGUUUGUCUUUGUCACUUUGUUGACAAUCCCACUAUGGAUCUUUGGCAAGAAAUUCAGAAGCUUUACCGGGCGGAAUCGAUGGCUCCAGAGGUUCAUGAAUGAUAAUGAGUAA